UACACCAUGUCUGACUCCUCCAGGCGCUCCAUUUCCACGUCGCCCACGCCUCCACCACAAUCGCUGACCGAGCUCCAACUCCUCUCGGCCUUCUUCUACGACAAGUCGCAGAAAGACGUCCUCAAACACUGCCUGGGUCUCGAGCCGAUCCCCGACGCACCAGCCCUGGCCAACUCCGCGAUCGUGGUCUGCUUCGACACAGAAGGCUGGACGGCCGAUCCCUCCAAGAUCACCGAGGUGGGCUUGAGCGUGUUCGACUCCCGCGACCUGCGCCCGCUGGAUCCAGGACCCCACGGCGAGAACUACCUCAAGCAGAUCUGGUUCUACCAUAUCCGCAUCCAACCAAAUGCGCACCUCCUCAACAUCCGCUUCUGCGUUGGCCACCCGGAGACGAACCGCUUUGGGCAGACGCGCUUCUUGACGCCGGAGGAGGCUCAGGGCUGUCUGAAGGAAUGUUUCGGCUGGCACGUCGACCCCAAGAAGCCGGAGCUGGGCUAUUGCCCGGUGGUCGUCGUGGGCCACGCGCUGGGUAACGACUUGCGGAAGCUGUACAUGACGCUGGGCUUCGAUCCGUACGCGCUCGGCAACAUCGUCAAGGUAAUCGACACGCAGCAGCUAGCUCGCCAAUGCGGCAAGUGGUCCCACGCAUUUGACCAAAUCGGCCUGGAGCGACUGGUCGGCCGCUGCGGCUUCGCCUACCGUGAUGCACACACCGCCAGCAACGACGCAGCCAUGACCAUCAUCAGCGCUAUCCAGAUGGUGCUCCCCAAGAACGUCGGCGUUGAUUCUGGCAAGUCUGUGCAAAACGUGGUGGACAUAGUCGAGAAGGCUAGCAAGGCGCACUCCUGGAGCUGGGGCUCUGCCAAGUACUGUCUGCGAUGCGGUAGUCGCGGCCACACCCAGAAGAACUUCAAGGGCAAGCCGUGUUAUGUCGCAGUGAAGUGCCACCACUGCGUGAACGCUGGACGAAUAGCGGCAUCGAAUAGCCACCGGACUGAGUGCUGCAUCUCCUACACGCUUGAUCAGGCGGUGCUCAACCGCGUCCCUAAGAUCAAGGUCGUUCCAGCUGGGGCCGACUCGCUGCAAGAGGGUGCAGGCGAGAGCGAGGAAGAGGACGAGAAUACCGACUGGGGCGACUACUAGCUACGCACAAAGAUCGUUUAACAGUGGUUGGUUUUCUGCCAAGGUUGAUAGUUCUUCAACGUAGUGGUCGAAGGUCG